AUACAGCUGGCGCUGGCCCUCAAAGAGACUGGUUACAUUACAUCUGUAGUGCUGAAGAUCACGCCCAUACCAAAAGGAAAAUACUGGUCACUAAGGAAGGAUGAGCUUGUCAGUGCAUCUGUAGAGAACAUCUACGAACUACAAUCUGACAUCACAGAGGAAAAGAUUACUGAGAACAUUAAAAAUAAAGUACCGGGAGCAACUUUCAAUGCCACAGAUCUCUGUGACAGUAAUGCCUGCGACUCUAACACGACUACAUGUGAGGCUCGCUCUGGCGACUUCAACUGUACCUGUAAAAAGGGUUACGUUAAGUCCACCUAUAGCACCAGAAUAUGCACAGCUUGUCCCAGUGGUGAAAAAGCACCGGACGACAAUACCCGCCCAUGUGUCCCUUGUCCCUUUGGAUAUUCUGGUUUCAACUGCAAUGAAUCAUGGGAGCUGGUGCUUGUGAUCGUUGGUUCUGUGCUCGGAGGACUGCUGCUCAUCACACUCAUCGCCCUGCCCCUUGUGAUGCGCAAAUCAUCAAAGAGUUCAAAGAAGAACCCAAUGCCCGACAUUGGGAACGCCUACAUCAGCCACUCUCCUGCCAAGUCACCCUUGGUCAACAGAGAGUCAGCCAACCAGCAGCCAGCUUAUGCCAAUGCCGGGGUGCCUAGGAUCCCACGGGCCACAACCAACAGCUGGGACCGUGGCACCAACCUGGAGAUGACCCCAAGCAACAGCCGGCAAAACCUGGUCCCCGCAGGCAGGAGCAUGAUGCAUGAUGACCGUGAUGUGAGAAAUGGCAACCUAAACGCUCCUAAUCGAGGCCAGACCAACCCAUACGGCCAGAACCCAUAUGCUCAGAGCCGUGGCGUGACCAACACUCACUACCAGCAUGAUGAUGGAAGAAGGCUCUAUUAA